AUGGAGUGCAUAUGUGUACAGGCAGCUGGAUCCCAUGAAGAUCCGAUUCACAACGGGAGUCCGGUUGUGAUCUCCUCCUAUGCCUUACAGUUAGAACUAGACUGCACUGAUGGAGGAGGAGGUAAUUAUGACAUAGUGAACAACGCUGUGAUCUCAACACCUGGACCACAAAACCACAGAGUCCAAAAUGUGUCCUUACGGCAGAGCUGGGAGAUGAACUACCAAGAGGCAGCCAUCUACCUGCAGGAAGGAGAGAACAAUGAUAAGUUCUUCACCCAUCCUCGAAACCCAAAGGCGCUGGCAGCUUACCUUUUUGCACACAACCACUUGUUCUACAUGAUGGAGCUGCUUACAGGCCUGCUGCUGAUGAUGCUGUCGCUGUGUGAAGCUCCCGCUGUGCCCUCGCUGCGCCUGGAUGUCUAUGUCCAUGCCACUCUGGAGCUGCUGGCUUUGGUUAUGGUGGCAUUUGAGCUAUGCAUGAAACUCCGCUGGUUAGGGUUCCACACCUUCAUACGACACAAGAGGACCAUGGUGAAGACGUGUGUGUUGCUGCUACAGUUUGUGGAGGCCAUAGUGGUUCUGAUAAGACAGACGUCUCAUGUGAGAGUGACCAGAGCUCUCAGACCAAUAUUCCUGGUGGACUGUAGAUACUGUGGUGCUGUGCGCAGAAACUUGCGUCAGAUCUUCCAGUCCCUCCCGCCUUUUAUUGACAUCCUCCUACUGCUGCUCUUCUUCAUGGUUAUAUUUGCUAUCUUGGGUUUCUGCCUCUUCUCUCCGAACACUGCUGACCCGUACUUCAGCACUCUGGAGAACAGCCUUGUCAGUCUGUUUGUGCUGCUGACCACAGCAAAUUUCCCUGAUGUGAUGAUGCCAUCAUACUCCAAGAACCGCUGGUCCUGUGUUUUCUUCAUUGUUUACCUCUCCAUAGAGCUCUACUUCAUCAUGAACCUGCUCCUGGCAGUGGUGUUUGACACGUUUAAUGACGUCGAAAAGAUGAAGUUUAAAUCUCUUUUACUUCAUAAACGCUCUGCUAUUGACCACGCCUUUCAGCUGUUAGUCAGCCGACAGAGGCCGAUGGGCGUGUCGCUGAAACAGUUUGAUGGUCUGAUGCGAUUUUACAGACCACGGAUGUCUGCAAGAGACCGCUUCCUCACAUAUAAAGCUCUUAACACCUCAGGGGCUCCGAUGCUCAGUCUGCAGGACUUUUAUAAGUUCUAUGAAGUCACUGGCCUUAAAUGGAAGGCAAGACGCAGUGGAGAACAUUGGUUUGAUGACCUUCCCCACACGACCUUCCUCAUUUUCAAGGGCAUCAACCUGCUUGUGAAGUCAAAGGCAUUCCAGUAUGCCAUGUAUGCGGUGGUGGCCAUAAACGGUGUGUGGAUCCUCGUGGAGACGUACACGUACAAUAGUGGAUUUUCCUGGUCCAGAUUGGUUCCCUGGAGUUACAUUGUUUUUCUGACCAUUUAUGGUGUAGAGGUGUUAUUGAAAAUAACUGGUUUGGGGCCAAUGGCUUAUUUCAGCUCUGGGUGGAAUCUGUUUGACUUCUCAGUGACAGUGUUUGCCUUCCUGGGCCUGAUCGCUCUUGCCUUCGAUAUGGAGCCUUUUUACUUUAUUGUAGUUCUUAGACCACUUCAGCUGCUCCGGUUGUUUAAGAUAAAGCAGAGGUAUCGUAAUGUGUUGGACACCAUGUUUGAGCUCUUCCCCAGGAUGGCAAGUCUGGGGCUGACCUUGAUCAUCUUCUACUACUCCUUUGCAAUUGUUGGGAUGGAGUUCUUUGCAGAUGUGGUUUACCCCAACUGCUGCAACACCAGCACAGUGGCAGAGUCCUACAGACUGAAGAACAUCACCGAUGGCAACAGAACAGUGUUGGAAGAAGGCUACUAUUAUCUCAAUAACUUCAACAACAUCCUCAGCAGCUUCGUGACUCUGUUUGAACUGACUGUGGUCAAUAACUGGUACAUUACCAUGGAAGGAGUAACCUCAAUGACCACCCACUGGAGCCGGCUCUACUUCAUGACCUUUUACAUAGUUACCAUGGUGGUGAUGACCAUCAUUGUGGCGUUCAUUUUGGAUGCAUUUGUGUUCCGCAUGAACUACAGCCGCAAGAACCGGGAACCAGUGGAAAACCCAGAGGAUGAGAACGGAAUAGUUUUUGAAGUAGAGGUGAGUCGUGAUGAAGCGCUGGCCACUCUGGAGCUGUACAAACAGACUUGCCCAGGACUGUCCUCCCUCAGCUCUCUACAGGGAGUCCUCCAGACUAUGGACAGGGGAGGGCACUUGUCUCUGGUGUACCUCGGUCGCAGAUCUAGGACAAAGAGUGACCUCAGCAUGAAAAUGUAUGAGGAGGAGAUACAGCACGAGUGGUAUGCAGAGUAUUCAAGGGAAAACCUGCCUGAGCAAGACCAAAGCGUGGAGCGGGAACUGGACAGUCCCGUCUCUGUCCCGUCUUCCUUCCCAGAGCCUCAGCUUAACUCACAGACUAGACCUCACAGCGUCAACUAAUGCACAGCUCGCAAGCCGUAAAUACACAGCACCAUCUCAGCGUUUUUAAAUGCAAAGAUACCCCUGUCACUCCAGGUCUUCUCCAGUUCCCCCACACUCCCCGUUUGUCACAGUGGGAAACAAGUCUGGGGCCUUUUUGGACUGAUGUCAGAGUGAGAUGAGUUAAUGACGAUUCCUUGAGGGAGGCGUCACCACAGAAAGACAGACAGACGGCAGAGCAGGUCUGUUGCCCGACCAGUAAAGCGGGAGCAUUGCCCUCUUUUGGCCUUUUCAAAGACUGCAGCCAAUAUUACCAGGGAGCCUGUACUCCUACAGUACGUUGUGUAUGUAUACUGCUGUAGGCCUUUUGUGACCUCUUGUAAUUCCUGUAGUACUUAAACCUGAUGCCUUAGUUAAAUGGCUCAACUGAUCAGUAUUAACAGACACUACAUCUAAGACCAAAAGUAUAAACACUCCUUUAAGCUAAACCCAACAAAACAAUUACGCUGUAUCUCCUGACUAAUGUCUCAACAGACUCAAAGUAUUUUACUUUUAUAUAACUUCUUAUUCUGUAAUGUAUUUGAGUUAGUUAAGAAGGGAUUUUAAUAAACUGUUCGAAUUGUCAUGGGCAUUUAUGUAUUUUUGCUGUAUAUCAAGCUGCAGGCUUAUUUACUGAUAAUGUAUAAUUUAACACACACCAGCAUAACCUUACUAGGACCUGUAAAAACAAAUACCAAAACAAAAUUAUUUAAUGCCCCAAAAGAAGCUUUGUACAGGUUCAUUUUAACAUUUUGAUUUACAGUACUUUUUAGUUAAUUCACAAUGUUUAAAGUAUAAAUUUCUACAUCCUGUAUUUUCCCUCUGGACUCACAAAGUGCCGUCACAGUUCCAGCACAAACGAUAAGUUGAAUAAAGGCACAGUGUGAUCA